AAUGACCAAAUAUUUUAUAUGGCCAGAUUUAAAUAACUGUAAAGUAGUGGAUAAAAUAUUUGUUUGUGGAUUUAAUGAAAUUAUACAUAAUUGUGACACGGACCCCACAUGUGUAACAGAAUUACUAAAAAAUUCUUUAACUAAACCACCUCAAUGUGAUACUUAUAUCUCUGAAUUCAAAACAGAAAUUUGGUAUCCCUCAUUUUUCAAAAAUCAUUGGUUUUUCGUAUGUGAAAAACCCACUACAAUUACUAUAAUUUGUAAUAAACAGUCUUUCACUCAAAAAAUUAAAGUUAAAAGUUCUGGAAAGUUAUACUUGAAGUCUGGGUGUAUUGCUUACACCUCGAAAGGUGUACUAAAAACUGAACAAGUAUUAAAUCAAACAUAUUUCUCAAUUCCAGUAGACUUAUCUCUUACAAAUGAUUCAUGCUGUAAUGUAUUCAAUUUUUCUAAUCAGGCCUAUCCCAAACCUAUCCACUUCGAUGAAAUAAAAAAUAUUAAAUUUAAUAAAGAUGCGUUCAAUACAAUAAAUAAACAAUUAGACCAACAAGAUAUGUUAAUAAAUUCGCUUAUUGUAGAUAAAACGUAUGAAUUUAUAUACACAAACAAAUAUUUAGUUGUCAUAAUAAUAGUUUUUUUAAUAUAUUUUAUAGCAAAAUUUUAUUUAAAUAGGAAAGCAAAAAAAUUAGCUAUAGAAAACAUUAAUUUAAGUUACAAUCCUCCAAGUUCUAAAAAUUAAUUUAGUAAAAGUUCUUAGUACGUAUACCUGAUAUUAUAUAUUAUUAUAUAAUUGUCAAAUACCAUUCACAACAUUUAUAUUAUUUUUUCGGAAGUUAAUAAUUAGUAUGUAGGUAUAUGUUUAUCUUACUUUUUUCUACACUUAUAUAUUGUAUAAAUGUUCUUGUAUAAAUAUAUUUUAUUUUAUAACAUACUUUAAUGAAAUUGUUCAAAUAAUCGAAUGUAUAAUCGGAUUGAAAUGCAUCACCUUUAUAAAUUCAAUUUUAUUUGUUACUUUUAAAGUAAUUACUAAUUUGUAUAGUUGUGUUGUAAAGAUAUCUAAUACACUAAUUAUUUUAUGAUUUGCCUUGGCAAUGAGCACCCUCACUUGUUUAUUAGAUAUUAAAAAAAAAAUUGUAUUAUUACUAUUAUGUACCUAAAAAUUUUAAUAUAUAUGUCUCAUUAUAUACUAUAUCGUGUGUUUUUUAUUAUUACUAUUAUCUCUAUAAAAUUGCUACUUGUAAAGUUGGGUAACUGAAACACCCACUUAGGUUGAAUUUAUAUAUUUUUGUACAUUAUAUUGGGCUCACUGCCCGUAAUAAAUAAAUAAUAAUAAAAUAAUGAGUUUUAGUUUUUAUAAAUUCUUAUAUUUUUA